GGCUUCCGAUGCGCGCCUGCGCGAACGACGUCCCAGUAACUUUGGUCAAGAAAGAUGGCGGACGACAAGGACUCUGUACCAAAGCUGAAAGAUCUUGCUUUUUUGAAGGAUCAGUUGGAAAGCUUGAAACAAAGAGUCGAAACUGAAGUGCAGGCUGGAGUCGGACAGGAAGGUUCUUUACUGGCAUCUCCAUUUCUCAAAGGGUUUCUUGCUGGGUAUGUCGUAGCCAAGCUCAGAUCUUCAGCAGUUCUGGGAUUUUUGGUGGGGACAUGUACUGGUGUGUAUGCUGCUCAGAACUAUGCAGUUCCUAAUGUGGAAAAGACUAUCAAAGACUACUUCAACUCCCUCAGGAAAGGACCAGACUAA